AUGGGUCCUAUCUCCUCUUACUACGAAAGUGGAACUGAGAUAUGCUUUGCUUUUACAUUCUUAGCCACCCAUAGCCUUCUGAAAGAUAGAGAGAGAGAGAUGGAAAGUAAGGAAGCAAAGCCUCAGGUCAAGAAAGGUUUGUGGAGACCAGAGGAGGACUUGAUCCUGAAAACUUAUGUAGAGACUCAUGGUGAAGGCAACUGGUCGACCGUGUCUAAGAAAUCAGGUUUGAUGAGAGGCGGGAAGAGUUGCAGACUAAGAUGGAAGAAUUAUUUAAGACCCAAUAUUAAACGAGGUGGGAUGUCCCAAGAUGAGGAAGACAUGAUAAUUAGGAUGCAUAAGCUUCUUGGCAACCGGUGGUCACUUAUCGCCGGUAGACUUCCCGGUCGGACGGACAAUGAGGUGAAGAACUACUGGAAUACCCAUUUGAACAAGAGAUGCCCUUCAAGGAAACGGACAACAAUGGACUCCGACCCCGAUGGGAACCAAAACAACUCGAAGAAGGCGAGCAGAAGUAAGAGAAUCCGUGCACUAAACAAUUCUCAGCCCACUGAAGAAUUGGAAGGGAAGAGCCAAGAGAAAGAAGAGAUAAGUGCCGUGAGUGAUGCAUGGAUACAACACGAUGCACAGAGCAUGAACUAUUACAUAGAAUCUCCAAUGGUGCCAGACAUCAGUGCUGCUUUUGUCUUCGAUGAUGAGCCUUUCUUAGCCUACUGGGAUUCCUUUGUUUCGUUUGAAUCAUUAGGCUGUGUUAAUGACUGGUGA